UUCAACAUUGUUCCCCCAGGUAUUCUUUUGGCCGAUGAAAAAUUCGACUUUGACCUCUCAUUGUCUUCUUCAAGUGCAAAUGAAGAUGAUGAAGUCUUUUUUGGGCCUGUUGGGCAUAGAGAAAGAUGUAUCGCUGCCAGCUUGGAAUUAAAUCAUCAGAUUUCCCAACAGCCUCCCUUGCCAGCAUCUGAUGGUCCCUGCACCUUGAGCCCCCUCCCGGCCGAGAAGUUCGUGGAAGUGUACAGAGAGGCUCGCCUGCUGGCUCUGCAGCUGGAGAGCCACAGCCGAGAAGAGGGGGUCCCAGCUGCAGGGGCCGGGAGCUCCUGGAGCCAGGGUGUGGAGAAGUUCAUCCAGGAAUCAAAACUAAAAAUGAAACUCUUUGAGAAGGAAGAGGAAAUGGAGAAGAGCCCCAAGUCACUUAAAAGAGAGACAUACUACCUGUCCGACAGCCCUUUUCAGGGGCUGCCACUCUCGGGGGAGCCCCUGCUCCCAGCCUCCUCUCUGGCCCUGCCCAGCACCCCUGCCCGUGUGGGCCCUGUCCUGACACAGGGACUGCCCUCCUCCUCUUGUCCUCUGCCAGGGGAGCCAGGUGCUGUCCGCCCCCCGGAUCAGGGAGUGCCUCCAAAGAGGGUUGCCAGCAAGCUGCAGCUGCCUCGGGCUUCAUCUGUGAGAGGACGGCCCCUUCCCUCUGCAUUAGAGAAGCCCAAGACAGAGAGACCAGCUAGUCCUUCCAGGGUGAAACUCCUAAAUGAAAAGCAGCCUCACCGGGAUGUGCUCCUGGACAAGCCCAGCUUGGCUCUGGAUGCCGUCAGCCUUCCAGCUCACGGAAGCCACCUGGGCCAAGGCAAGCGAUCACUCCCCAUUCCUAGUAAGAAGACACUAUUAAAGCCACCUGGCUAUACUGGCAGUCUUACAAGGAAGUCCUCUUCUUCAGGGUCUGUUUCCAGCAGGACAUCCAGUGUGUGUGCAUCUCCAGCAGCAGGUAAAGCAGGUGAACUUGCAGGUGAUCCUGGCAGCAGCUCCCGGCCUCUGUCAAGCACUGGCAAGCCAGCCAGAAUGGCACUGGCCAUGCCGUGCCCAUCUUUGCCAACAGCCCCCACAGGGGCAUCCUGCAGGCCAGCAAGGAGGGCCAACACUGCUGAGUCCAUGGACGGGCAACCCCGGGCUCCCAGCACAGCACCUCUCGCCCUGCCGCAGACCCCAAGAAGUGGAGGCCCAAGGCUGGACUCUAACUCCAUGUCAUCCUCUUCUCAACCAAAUAAAAUUGGAAGUAUAAGAAGGCAAGCUUCUUGUUUAAAUUCCAAGACGAAGGUCAUGCCCACCCCUUCAAAUCAGUCUGAAAGGCCUAAGUUUUCUACUGGAGGCUCCACAGACAGCAGGACGCCGAGGUCCUCCCAGGCACAGCGGCUGCAGUCAUGCAUCUCGACUGGCAGGGCCAUUGCUCACAGCACUCCUGUGAGACGUUCAUCAGGGCCAACUUCACAAAGCCUGUUGAGCAGCAGAGGGACGCCCACGAGUGCGCGACGGGUGUCAGCACUGCCCACACCUGGCGGCUGGUGCCCCUCUGGCCUUCCUCUGAUGACUCCCAAAACCUUGCCCCGAGCUCUGGCUUCCCCGCUCUGUGCACCUGCUCGGAGACUCUCUUCUGAGCCUCAGAGGAGAUCUGCAGUGAGGACUGAGCCGAGGGGAGCGAGCAGCGGCAGGGCUGGUGGCAGGCUGGCCGGCCUGUCACCCAGUGGCAGCCCCUCUCCUCCACCCUCUAUGCCUCAGGCACUUCAGUUUUCUCCGGAGAAGAAUGAGUCUCCUUUCUCAGGAGACUUCACAGGAGCAGCACAGGUUGAGGCCAAGCCGGGGGAAGACACCUGCCCUGGGGAGGCUCUUCUCAUAGACAUCGGGCUGGGUCAGCUCACCAUCACUCCUCAAGUGGGAAGCAGGCCCCCGGCAGACCUCCCCCUCAUCGACUUCUGCAGCCCUCCUGAAGCAGAUGUGGCUUUGGGAUCUGCAAGCAGAGCCCUGAUCGACCUCACCACGAACACUCCAGAUGUGAACAGAAACAGUGUGUCAAAAAACAGUGUGUCAAAACCUUUGCAGGCCGAGGGACAGCUGAUCGACCUGGGCUCCCCUCUGGUCCAGCUGAGCCCUGAGGCUGACAAGGAGAAUGUGGACUCGCCGCUUCUCAAGUUCUGAUACAGCAAGGUCCUUGCCUUUAGUCUUUGUUGAAAGAACAGUCGUGAAGUGGCUUUUGAAACCAGUUUUAGAAGAAAUUGCAUUUUACUUAAGACAAUUUUUUAAAAGCCCAAAGUACACUGCAGCGGGCAGGGUAAGGGGCCAGGGCUGUGGAGUGUGGCCUGGGUCUCUUCCACAGCUCCCUCCUCCCUGUUCCCACUAGACUAUGGUAUAACAUCUGAAUUAAGGAUUUUUAUUGAACUUUUUUUGUAAAAUAGCAAGCCACUAUUUUAAAAGUCAAAAGUUUGUAUGAAAAAUUAUAUGUAUUAAAGGUUACCUUGAUUUUCAAA